AUGGCUACCGACUCUACUAAUCACGCUGAUGUUCCCAAGGAACAGUCGAUUCCCGACGACAAGACUACUCCUGAAGCUGCCGAGCACUCAUCUGCAGAGGUUAACAAUAACAAAAACGACAGAACCGUUGAUGUGAAGAAGAACCGGCGCAAGGUAUGGGUUGAGCAUUACGACAAGCUCUCCAACACCACUCCAGACGAAUUCCUCGCCAAGAACCCUCAUCUCAAGGGUAUUCCCACUACCAUGAAGCUUCCAUCCGAGGCCCACGAGUACAUGGGUAAGGUGAAGGAUGAUGAUUUGGCAUACCUGGACCACUACUGCGACGAUGCGAAGCUAUCAGAACACGACCUCCUAGAGCUGGGGGCCAGGGGAAUGUUUCCGUAG